GCGGCGGGGGCGCGCAGGCGCGGGGCAGCGGCGGGGGCGGCCAUGUCGGUGCAGGAGGACCCGGUGCAGCGGGAGAUUCACCAGGACUGGGCCAACCGCGAGUACAUCGAGGUGAUCACCAGCUCCAUCAAGAAAAUCGCGGACUUCCUCAACUCCUUCGACAUGUCGUGCCGGUCCCGGCUGGCCACCCUGAACGAGAAGCUGACGGCGCUGGAGCGCAGGAUCGAGUACAUCGAGGCCCGGGUCACCAAAGGCGAGACGCUGACGUAGGGCCCGGGACCCCGCACCGGAGCACCGCCGCCCCCCGCCCCGCUCGGGGCCCGCCGCCGCCUCUGCUUCUGUUGCCAAUAAACCGCUGUGCUCCCGC